GCCGGCUGCAGCUGGCGCGGGCGCUGGGCUGGGCGGCGGGCGAAGUUGCGGCCGGGGCGCGGGGUCGGGGCCGGGUGGCCCGAGGCGCCCGGGCGGGGUACGCCCAGCCGGCCGCGGCCGCGGAGCAGCCAUGGCGGAGGCCGUGCCGCAGUACCUGGCGCUGCCCUCGGGGUUGCUGGAGCUGUGCGCGCUGCUGGGGGCCCCCCGGGACAGCCUCCGUGGCCCCGAGCAGGUCGCCCAGAAAAAGGGAGUCAAGAGCCUGUCUCCUCUGGAUCCGGAGGUCCUGUCGGUCUUCGUGCCUCCGUUUGUCACUAAGGAGGACAGUCAGCCAGCCGGCGUGAGCUGUGUGACGCUGGGGAAGACCAGGAGGCGCUCCUUCCGGAAGAAGAGAGAGAGGCCCAAGGCGGAGCCCUCGAAGGGCCACCCCGGCGGCCCCAGGGGCCAGGACCCCGAGGACGUGGGCAUCCCCAACGGCGUGGACCUGCUCGCCCUGCCGCAGCUCUGCUUCCCAGGGGGCGUGUUUGUGGCCUCUGAGCCCAAGGAGGACUGCGUCCACUUUCUGGUGCUGACUGAUGUCUGCGGCAAUAGAACCUACGGUGUGGUUGCCCAGUACUACCGACCCCUGCACGACGAGUACUGCUUCUACAACGGCAAGAUGCGCUGGGAGGCGUCAGGGCUGGGCCGGAGCGCGGCCGGCUGCUUCGUGCCCUUUGCCGUGUGUGUGGUUUCCAGGUUCCCCUAUUACAACGCCCUCAAGGACUGCCUCUCCUGUUUAUUGACUCAUCUGAAGAUCUGUAAAGAUUUCGAAGUUGACAACCAUAUAAAAGAUUUUGCUGCAAAACUAUCUUUAAUACCUAGCCCGCCUCCUGGACCACUCCAUUUGAUACUGAACAUGAAACCACUACAGAUCGUAUUUCCCUCAAGAGCAGACCCUGAAAGCCCCCUCAUCGACCUGGACCUUCACCUGCCCUUACUGCGCUUCAGACCUGAGAAGGUGCUGCAGAUCCUAACCUGCCUUCUGACGGAGCAGCACGUCGUGUUCUUCUCAUCCAGCUGGGCUCUGCUGACGCUCGUGGCUGAGUGCUUCAUGGCCUACCUGCACCCCCUGCAGUGGCAGCACACCUUCGUCCCCAUCCUGUCGCGACACAUGCUGGACUUCGUCAUGGCGCCCACGUCCUUUCUCAUGGGCUGCCACCUGGACCACUUUGAAGAAGUCAGCAAGGAAGCCGAUGGUUUAAUUCUGAUAAACAUUGACGCUGGGAGCAUCACCUACUCCAACGACGAGGACAUGGACGUUCCUGACAUCCCUCUCCUGGCGGCACAGACUUUUAUUCAGAGGGUCCAGAGCCUUCAGAUGCACCAUGAGCUGGACCUCGCUCACCUCUGCGCCAGCACGGACCUGAACGAGGGGCGAGCCUGCAGGCGGGCCUGGCAGCAGCGGCUCAACUGCCAGAUCCAGCAGAUCACCCUGCAGCUGCUCGUCUGCAUCUUCAGGGAAGUGAAGAAUCACUUAAAUUAUGAACAUAGGGUGUUCAAUAGUGAAGAGUUUCUCAAAACAAGAGCUCCAGGGGACCAGCAGUUUUAUAAACAGGUCUUGGAUACCUACAUGUUUCACGCUUUCCUCAAGGCUCGGCUCAGCAGAAGGCUGGACGCCUUUGCCCAGAUGGACCUCCACACGCAGUCCGAAGAGGACAGGAUAGACGGGAUGCUUCUGAGUCCAAGAAGACCCACAAUUGAGAAGAUGGCCAGCCGGAAGUCCUCAGCCCCCCACGGGGCGCACCGGCGCAUGGUGGUCAGCAUGCCCAACCUGCAGGACAUCAUGGUGCCCGAGCUGCCGCCCCGGAACUCGUCGCUGAGGAAGAUACACACCGAGGACUGUGGAAGCAGCCGCACAGUUCUGGACGUGCCCUCCAAGUUGACAUACACCUUCAAGAUCCCGGAAAUCCACUUUCCGCUGGUGGGCCAGUGUGUGCAGGCGUUCCACGCGGAUUGCGUGGCCCAGCUGAGCAAGGCCAUGGACUCGCUGGCCCCCGAGAACUCGGUGCUGCUGGCGAGGUACUUCUACCUGCGAGGGCUCGUGCAGCUGAUGCAGGGCCAGCUGCUGGGCGCCCUCCUGGACUUCCAGAGCCUGUACAAGACGGACGUGCGCAUCUUUCCCGCCGACCUCGUCCAGAGGACGGUGGAGUCCCUGUCGGCGCCCGAGCGCGCGCAGGCCGAGCGGACGCCCGAGCUGCGCCGGCUCAUCAGUGAGGUCAUGGACAAGCCCGAGGAUGCCCCCAAGGCCGACGACCGCGUCAAGAACUUCGAGCUGCCCAAGAAGCACAUGCAGCUGGACGACUUCGUGAAGAGGGUGCAGGAGUCGGGCAUCGUGAAGGACGCCGGCAUCAUACACCGGCUCUUCGAGGCAUUAACCGUAGGACACCAGAAACAGAUUGACCCAGAAACAUUCAAAGAUUUCUACAACUGCUGGAAGGAGGCAGAAGCAGAGGCCCAAGAGGUCAGCCUGCCUUUCUCGGUGAUGGAACAGCUGGACAAAAACGAGUGUGUGUAUAAGCUGUCAAGCUCCGUCAAAACAAAUCGCGGUGUGGGCAAGAUCGCCAUGACCCAGAAGCGCCUGUUCCUCCUCACUGAGGGGAGGCCGGGCUACGUGGAGAUUUCCACCUUCAGAAACAUAGAGGAAGUCAGAAGCACCACAGUAGCUUUUCUGCUCCUGAGAAUUCCCACUUUAAAAAUCAAAAUGGUGUCCAAGAAAGAAGUCUUUGAAGCUAAUCUUAAAACAGAGUGUGACCUGUGGCACCUGAUGGUGAAGGAGAUGUGGGCUGGGAAGAAGCUGGCCGACGACCACAAGGACCCCCAGUACGUCCAGCAGGCACUGACCCACGCCCUGCUGAUGGACGCCGUCGUCGGUGCACUGCAGUCGCCCUGCGCCAUCUACGCGGCCUCCAAGUUAUCUUACUUUGAUAAGAUGAAGAACGAAAUGCCCAUGGCAGUUCCGAAGACGACCGCAGAAACCCUGAAGCACAAGAUCAACCCUUCCGCAGGAGAGACCUUCCCACGCGCCAUCGAUGUCCUGCUCUACACCCCAGGGCAUCUUGACCCAGCAGAAAAAGUUGAGGAUGCUCACCCCAAAUUAUGGUGCGCGCUGAACGAAGGCAAGGUGGUCGUGUUUGAUGCUUCCUCCUGGACGGUUCACCAGCACUGCUUUAAAGUGGGCACUUCUAAACUGAACUGCAUGGUGAUGGCGGAGCAAAGCCAGGUGUGGGUCGGCUCGGAGGACUCGGUCAUCUACAUCAUCAACGUCCACAGCAUGUCCUGCAACAAGCAGCUCACGGACCACCGCUCCAGCGUCACGGGUCUGGUCGUGCAGGACCGAGCGCAGGCACCCAGCACUGUGUACUCGUGCAGCGCGGACGGGACAGUCCUGGCCUGGAACGCGAGCUCCCUGCGGGUGACCAGCAGGUUCCAGCUGCCGGGCGACGGGCUCUCGGCCAUCAGACUGCACGGCGGCCGCCUCUGGUGCUGUACCGGUAACAGUAUCGUGGUCCUGACCACGGCUGGAUUUCUUCAUCAAGAACUGAAGAUCGGCGAGAACUUUAAAGAGAUAAGCACCUCCUUCCUGGGUUUCCAGCUCGUGCCCGAGCAGGAGCAGCUAUGGGCGGCCUGUGCCGGGUACGACGACAUCUACACCUGGAGCCUGCAGGACCUCGCCCAGCCCCCGCAGAGGAUCCACCUGCAGGACUGCUCCAAGAUCAACUGCAUGAUCAGGGUGAAGAAGCAGCAGAUCUGGGUGGGCGGCACAGGGCUGUCGCAGGGGAGAUCCAAGGGGAAAAUCUACGUGAUCAAUGCCGAGAGGAAGACGGUGGAGAAGGAGCUGGUGGCCCAUACGGACACGGUGAAGACCCUGUGCUCCGCGGAGGACAGAUACGUGCUGAGCGGGUCCGGCCGCGAGGAGGGGAAGAUCGCCAUCUGGAAGGUCGAGUAACCGAGGGCGCAUGUGCCCUGUGAGCGAGGGAUGCGCCUCCUGCCGGCUCCUGGCGCUUCCCCAGAGAAGGCGGGUCUGAGCCUGGGGUGGGGGGCACCGGGGGGGCCCUGCUGUGGGGGCCUGUUUGGCUCUCUGGCCUCAGUUACGAGACCGAUAGUGUCGCACUUUCUCUCCUGGACUUAGCUGAUUAAACUGGACCGUUUGAGGCUGGGGUGCCUGUCAGGCAGACUCUGCUGAGAAGUCACCCUGUGCAGUCUAGACGGCUCCAGAACCACGACCUGGGCCAGCACCAGGCCAUCCGGGAGCAGUUUAGCCGGAGCACCCGUGACCUGCAGACCUCGGGUCUAGCUUUUCCUCCACUUCACUCACUCACCAAAUACUAAGCACCAGACUUAACUUACAGGAGCCCGACAGCCAGACACUGACCUCUUGUUCCCAGCAAAGCUCACGAGAAGGGGUGUAUUUUAAAUGAGCACGUUGUGGUUGAACAGGUUUGCGCCUGCCCUUGCUGUCCCCCGACAGAGCAGGUGACCCGCGCCUGCCCAGGGAGGGGGACAACACUGGGUUGAGGCUGUCUGGACAGGGCUGGGCCAGCUGACGCAAGCGCUGGGUUUUUUCCUUUUAACUAAUGCAACGUUUUUUAUAAUGAAAAAACCUAGAGACUUUUUUUGACCAAAGGUCGGCAUUCCAUCUAAAAUAGCACAGACAAACCCUCACCAGAUACUCGUGUCCGUUUCCGCUGCAUCUGCAUCCUAGGUGCACAGCGUGUAUGUAUAUGUAGGUGGUGCCUUAUUAUUUAACUGAGGAUACUACUAGCUAUGCUCUUAUCUUACUAGCUAUAAAUAUUUGCAAAAGGGACCUUUUGUACAUUUUUACCAUUACCGUUGAGCUCUCGUCCCCUAAUUGUCGGCGAGGGAGGUUUUGGCACGGCUGCACUGCGUGAAGGCCCGAGGCCUGUCCCCUGUGGGCCCAUGACGCGCUCUGCCACAGGGGGCUGGCUGCCGGACCCUCCCCCUGGGCUCUGGGGACCUGGACAGACAUCACGCCGGACCUCGCUCACCCUGAGAGGUCUGUGAGGGUCUCUGUCAGGCCCCCAGCACACAGCCAGGCUUCAGAGGCAUCUGCAGUGCCUCCCAGGUGAGAGCUUUGGCCGGGCCUCCGGCUGGCUCUGCGGGACCUAAGCAUUCUGGACGGUCUGAUCACUGACUGGCAUUUCGGAACGUUCUGAGACUGUGCUGCGGAGAGCAGCCAGGCGGCCUAAUCCGCACCCCCACCCCGAGUCUGUCCUUCUGGGGGGGGGGGGGGUGUUCCCUGACUGACUUCUAGAAGGAAGACUAGGCCAGCAGCAAAUGGCAGAAGGUGGAAUUCUGCUUCUGUAAACACAUGAAAAGUUAGAGUAAAAGCCUGUCAGAAAUCCACAUAAAUUAUUGCAUUCCAACCCACAUGUAACCAGGUAUUUUCACCUCGUUGGUAAUAAAUUCUCUUUUUUACUAAAA